GCACCUGGCCUUCAAACCCGCCGACGUCCACCUCAAGCACCGCAGCCUAAAGAAUCCCUCUUCUUCUCUGUUUCUUGCAUACCAAACACCUCCUGCUAUUCCCACUAUUACCCAAUCCUCCUCGAAGUUGACUUUGUAGUCGCUACAGAUUUAACCCCCUCGCCAUGGCCGCUGCUCAAGUCUGCCCUAUUGUUGGCACCACCAACACUGUCCUCCCUCCCAAACACCCCGACUUCGACAUGGACAAGCCUGGCCAGGUCUGCCCCGUCACCAAGGCCACCACAGACCAUCACCACAACCUCCACAAGCAUCCAGGUAUCUUCGACUCGGCCAACGAAGACCUCGCCAACGCCGACAACUGCCCUGCGCUCACCAAGAUCGUCAGCCGUCCUGAACAGCAGGCAAUGGACGAGGCUAUCUGCCCUAUUGUCGGUACUGUCUCGAGUGUCCUACCUCCGAACCAUCCGUCGACAAAGGACGCAAAGGACGGCGAUGUCUGUCCCGUCACCAACGCCAAGUUUGAGCAUCACAAAGACAAGGUGCACCAGCACCCCAACCUUGAGACCGCGGCCAAGGGUGCCGUUUGUCCAGUUGUAGGGAAGAAGGCUUGAAAGAGCUCGAAAGUACACUGGGAUGAAUUAUGCAAGGGGACUGUGGAAAUAACACGAUGAGCCUCCACAUCUCCAUCAUUGGUUAAUGGCUGUGUACGUCGCGGUGGCUGGCGCUGAUACUUGAUUACGACGGUGGUGGACAUCUACCUUUACUCAACUGAGUAUGUCUGUACUAGCACCGGCUAUAUACUACAAUCAGAGCCAUUUAUUGUGCA